AUCUAGCAACAUCUCAGUCACCACGCGAUUUUCGUGAAUCUCUUGAAAUUCUUACUUCAUUCGAAGAAAUAUUUAGAUUUACGGAUUUCGAAAUAAAAGAACUACCAAAAUGUACGGUGGACAGCAACCUAUUUUAGUACUCAGCCAAAACACAAAACGUGAGUCCGGCCGGAAGGUUCAACUCGAAAAUAUAAAUGCUGGAAAGACAAUAGCGGACGUUAUACGAACAUGCAUGGGACCACAGGCGAUGUUAAAAAUGUUGAUGGACCCAAUGGGCGGCAUCGUGAUGACCAACGACGGCAAUGCCAUCCUCCGUGAGAUCACCGUGCAGCACCCAGCCGCCAAAUCUAUGAUUGAAAUCGCUAGAACACAAGAUGAAGAGGUUGGUGAUGGCACAACCUCAGUCAUUGUUCUGGCUGGAGAGAUGUUGGCUCAAGCUGAGCCCUUCCUGGCCCAGAACAUUCACCCCACAGUCAUCAUCAGAGAGUACCGUCAGGCUCUUGAGGAUGCCGUCAAACUGCUGCAGGACAAGGUCUCCGUCCCCAUUGACAUGAAUGACAGGGAAAAGAUGAAGGAUGUUAUCCGUUCCUGUGUGGGCACUAAGUACAUUGGACGUUGGGCUGACCUUGCGGUGGACAUUGCCUUAGAUGCUGUUAACACCGUCACCAUCAAUGAAAAUGGCAGAGUUGAAGUUGACAUCAAGAAUUACGCGAAAGUAGAGAAGAUCCCUGGUGGUACCAUCGAGGAGUCCCGCGUGCUCAACGGCGUGAUGUUCAACAAGGACGUGACGCACGCCAAGAUGCGGCGAUACAUCGAGAACCCGCGCAUCGUACUGCUCGACUGCCCGCUCGAGUACAAGAAGGGAGAGAGCCAGACCAACAUCGAGAUUUUGGGAGAACAGGACUUCACAAGACUGUUACAACUAGAAGAAGAGCACGUCCAGCGUCAGUGUGAAGAGAUUAUCGCUGUGAAGCCCGACAUCGUAUUCACUGAGAAGGGAGUGUCCGACCUCGCGCAGCACUACCUCGUCAAGGCAGGCAUCACCGCCAUCCGCAGACUUCGUAAAACCGACAACAACCGUUUGGCUCGCGCUUGUGGCGCCACCAUCGUCAACCGUACCGAGGAGCUGAAGGAGUCUGACGUCGGUACCGCGGCUGGUAAAUUCGAAGUCAAGAAAAUCGGAGACGAGUACUUCACAUUUGUUACCGAGUGCAAGAACCCUAAGGCGUGUACGAUCUUACUACGUGGAGCGUCAAAGGACAUUCUUAAUGAGAUUGAGAGGAAUCUCCAGGAUGCUCUCCAUGUUGCUAAGAAUUUGGUGCUCAGCCCGCGCCUGGUGCCGGGCGGCGGCGCCGUGGAGAUGUGCGUGUCGCAGGCGCUGGCCGCCACCGCCGCGCACAACACGCCCUACCGCGCGGUCGCGCAGGCGCUCGAGAUCAUCCCCCGCACACUGGCACAGAACUGCGGCGCCAACACCAUCCGCACGCUGACGGCGUUACGCGCGCGACACGCGGGAGGCUCGCCCUCCGCCGGCAUCGACGGCGACAGCGGGGAGAUCGUGGACAUGGCCGCCAAGGGCAUCUGGGAACCACUCGCCGUCAAGCUGCAGGUAUACAAAACAGCAGUAGAGACAGCGAUCCUCCUCCUGCGAAUUGACGACAUUGUCUCCGGCUCCAAGAAGAAGGACGCCGGCGAGCCCGCCACGCCCGCGCAGAUGGCCGGCGGCAUGGAGUAACUACAUUAGAUAUUAACACGCUAACUCCUAUGUACACAAACUUCACUCUAUAUUAAGUUGCCUAUGUCUUAACUUGAAACCAAAUCAUGAUCAUCGAUGAUAAUCUUAUUGAAAGAUUUACGAUUUUGUUUUGUCAUUCCAAUACAUGAGUAAUUCUCAGAUACGAUAAAUGAGAUAUACUUGAUGUUUGAUUACGUUUUUAUUGUACGGGGUUAAUACCGUAUAUCAAAACGUUCUCUAAAUUAAGUAUCUGUUAUCGUUAUGUAAUGAAAUGGGGUCGUUCGACUUAAGAGCGUCUUAAAUAUAAGUUGAGUUUGAGUAUCUAGAAGUAACGAAUGCUUGUUCAGGGAGUAAAAUUAUUGAUGUAUCGCUAAAUAUGAUUGGUUAGUGUUUAAAGUAUAGUCGUUACUUAUUUGCUUUUAUUAAAUUUAACUUUAAUAUACUCUAAUGCAUUAUCUUUAAAAUAAAUUUCAGAAUAUUGUUCUUAAUAUUCUAGUUAAGGAACUCUUUUGUUUAAUUUUGAAUGAUCAGUUGAAAAAAGGUUUGUUUUCUUUAGUUCACGCAUCACAUUAUAAAACCUUUAUGUAAUGGUGCUCACAUAGAUCGCUAGAAAGCCAUCCAAGAGAACAUUAGUUUCGCUAAUAGUACGCCAAGACAUGCUAUUUAUAAUAUAUUUUUAAGUGAAAAAUAAACGAUUUAACUGCCUAAACUA